AAUAAUUGUAGUUGUAGUUGUAGAGUUGUAGUGGUUGAUAUUUGGUGAGAGCCAAAAAAAAAAAAAGGCAGGCACGUAAAAAUUCAUGCUGAACAAAAUCAAUUUGACUUUCCAUAACAGAUAGCAUAAUACAACACAUCAUAGGGCAAUGGCUCCUCCACCACCUACUAUAAACGAUAGCGACGAUGAUUCAAGUGAUUUGGAUACUUCAAUGUUAAAUAGUACCAGAAUUGAAGAUGAUGAAGAGGAAGAAGAUGAUGAAGAAGAGGAUCAAGAGGAAGAAGAAGUAGAGGAGGAUGACGAGGAUGAAGAAGAAGAAGGGGGGGAACAAGAAGAUGAAGAUGCCAAUCAAUACGAUUCAGAAGCUUUAUCAGAUGUAAGUGAUGCUCCUGAAGAAGAACAAGAAUGAAUCAAGUACAAAAUGAAGAGGAAGUAGAGGAUGAAGAAGAAGGUGAAGUUGAAGAAGAAGAAGAAGGAGAUGAAGAAGGCGAUGAAGAAGGCGAUGAAGAAGAUGAAGAUGAAGAUGAAGAAGAGGAAGAGGAAGAGGAGGAAGAAGAAAUCAUUAGUGAAGAUGAAGAUAACUAUAAACUUGAAGAUCCCGAUGAAAUAGAUGAAGAUUUAGAACUUCGAGAUGAAGAAGAAGAAGAAGUAGUAGUGGUCAAACCAAAGCCAACCCCUAAAAAGAUAAGUAUAACAGUGAAACCACCCACUAGAGAGAGAUCGACGAAAUCAAUUGAAACACCACAGAAAGAAUCAUCCCAACCAGUACGAGAAACAAGAAAAAGGCAAUUAACAUAUUAUGAAGAAGAUGAUGAAGUUGAUGAAGAUGAAGAAGAUGAUGAGGACGACGAAGAUGAUGAUGAUGAUGAAGAGACAGUUACUUAUAAACCCGUUAAAAAAGUGAAUCGUCAUCCCGAAAGAGUGGUACAACCUCAAGAAUUAGAUGAAGAUUUAAUUUUAACAGAUGAAGAACAAGAAUAUAAUCCUCAUGCUAAUCCUGAUUUAUCUAAAAUGACAGAAAGGCAACGAGCAAGAUAUUUAGAAGAAGAAAAUGAUACUGCUGAAGAAUCCUCCAAUAAGAAAUUCAUUGAAUUAGAUAACCAUUAUUCAAGUUUAAAGAAAGUUAAACCAAAGAAGACUGAAACUGAAGAAGAAGUAGCGUUAAGAAAAGCUGAAAAUGCUAGAAAGAGACAAGAUUAUAAAAUGAAAGUAUUAGAAGAAGAAAAAAGAGAUACUCUUAAUAAAUUAUUAAAAAGAAGAGCUACAAAGACCAGAGAAGUUCAAGAUAAAGAUGGGGUAAUUGAUUCAAUUCAAGUUUCAUCAAAUUCAAAACCAAGAAGACCAAAUGUUAGUCAUCCUGCUCUUAUAAGGUAUGUUAAUAAUACUACUAAUCUUGAAGGGAAUGCAGUUUUGGCUCUUAAUACAUUGUAAUAUAGUAAAUAGUUGUAUAAAAUUAUUAGUAUAAUAUAUAACUUUUGGAUGAUAAUUAGUUGCAAAAUUUGUAAAGCGCAAAAUAGAUUUGGUUGAUAUGAUACCGUUUAGCUUAUUGAUUCUGAUAUUGCUUAUUUAUCAAUGUAGCGAGACCAUGGUCAAAUAGAUUAUCAGAAUACUACCAUAGUGGUAUCCAUAAAUAAAAUGUAAAACAAGUACCCACAUAAAUUAUAGCGGAUAUACAUAUUUAAUCUGCAAACUGAUAAGACAUGCACCCUACAUGUACACUUACUAACUAACUAACUAUUAGACUCGUGUCUUUCACUCCCACUCCAGUAAAAUCUCAUAUCAUUACACCCCAGUUACAAUUGAAACAUACAAGUUUGAAUUUCAUAUAUAUAAGUUUUACGUUAAAUGUGAAAUCAAAAUUUCUUUUUUUUUUCUUCCGCUUUUUUUUUUUUUUUUUAUUU